UCAACCCCCUUCAUCUCGGAUUAAUCAGGGAGAGACAUGAGAAGCCCAUAGCAUAUAAAUUACAGACAUUGAGAGCAAGUGAUCUCUGCCGUCCCGAGAGGGCCCCUGAGCUCACAACACUGAACUGAUUAAUAUGUAAACAAACUCAUUAAUCUACGCUCGUGCUCUCAAUUGUGGGAUACUUUUGAGUCUCACUGCAGUGGUUACAUUACACUCAAAGAAUGGGCGUGAAUUGUCCCUCUAAAGGGAGCCAAGAGACGAUUCCUUCUUUGCAACGGCGAUUCAAGCCUUCAGUUGAGUCUGCGAGAGGCAGGGAGCAUAUCAGCAGGAUGGAUCGCACAGGAUUUACAACACCAGCUGUCUGAAGACCUUCCUAAAAUCAACUAAGACGCACAGGAGGGAGGGGAGUGAGAGAGAGCCGGAGAGAGUCUGAGUGCGUCUGUGUGUCAGAGGGUGUUUGAGAGAGUGAGGGAGCAUCACAAACAGAGGAACAGAGAGAGAGAGAGAGAGAGAGAGAGAGAGAGAGAGAGAGAGAGAGAGAGAGAGAGAGAGAGAGAGAGAGAGAAGGGAGUAAGUCUGGACCAGGUGAUCGGGUACUAACAAACCUCCAAGGGGCUGCCGGGUUGUAUCAGUGUGCACAGGAUCAGCGUUCCGACCAUGGUGCCAGCGCGCUGCCCGGGACCCUGUGCCAUGCUGGCACUGACCCUUCUCUUGGGAUGCGGCGUGGCUCUCUGCCUCGGCCAGAACGAUACGGAGCCCAUCGUGCUGGAAGGGAAGUGUCUGGUGGUGUGCGACUCGAACCCAUCUUCGGACGGAGCAGUCACCUCCUCACUCGGCAUAUCCGUCCGCUCCGCCGGCGCAAAAGUGGCUUUUUCCGCCGUGCGUGGAACCAACCAUGAGCCGUCAGAGAUGAGCAACACGUCUAUGACCAUCUAUUUUGACCAGGUUUUAGUGAACAUCGGCAACCAUUUCGAUCUCAAAGCAAGUGUUUUCCAGGCACCAAGAAGGGGUAUAUACAGUUUCAGCUUUCACGUGGUAAAGGUCUACAACAGACAAACCAUACAGGUGAACCUGAUGCAGAAUGAUUAUCCCGUUAUAUCAGCAUUUGCCGGUGACCAGGACGUGACGAGAGAGGCGGCCAGCAACGGAGUACUGCUGAUGGUUGAACGGGAGGACCGGGUCUAUCUGAAACUGGAACGGGGCACCCUCAUGGGCGGAUGGAAAUACUCCACCUUCUCAGGCUUUCUAGUCUUUCCUCUAUAAUCUAAUAAUCUGCGAUGACCCACGUCGCACGGGACUCUCCUUAGGUCGAGGAACAAAAAAACAUGCCAUUUAUUUUGAACUUAUAAGACUGCCAAGGAAGCCGGCGAAUAUCUGUAUACCUACACUCGUCCACUAUCUAGUCAAAUAUGAACGUUUCCUUGGAAUUUCAUAUAUCCAAAUUCAUCAGUCAACUUUACCGCAAUCUGGAUGAUUAAACGUUAUUGAUCGGC